CACGCUGCCUGUUUGAGAUCGCGAAAUUUCAGUCAAAUAUCAAGAAUCGAUUUCUGCUUCACGCGUCGGCUGCCAUCUCUGAUCUGAUCGAGCCUCUCCUCCCCGCCGAAAUGGCACUAGGUGGAACAGCUCCCCCGCGAGGAAGUGCAGCUGCUGCUGCAAGCAUGCGCAGGAGAAGAACCACCGGUGGUGCUGCUGGUGGUGGCGGUGGUGGUGCUGGAGGAGGAGCCGCUGGGACCAUGCUCCAGUUCUAUACCGAUGAUGCUCCGGGCCUCAAGAUAUCGCCGAAUGUCGUCCUGUUUAUGAGCAUCGGCUUCAUCGCUUUCGUUGCCGUUCUUCACGUUGUGGGUAAGAUAUACCUUGUUCGAAGGGAGGCUUGAAAGACCCCGAUAUACCCCUUGUGAGUUGAUGCCAGCGGAGCUAGCUAACUCUUGUGCUGUUCAUUUUCUUUUUCUCGGGGAUUCAGUGUAACAGCCGUAGACAGUUUUUAUGCAUCAAUCGCGUGCCAGCGUUAGAUCAAACCUUGUCUCAUCUCUGCCUACUCUUUGAUCAGUUGGAUUUUGCUAGAGAUUUGGUUUUAUAUAUGCGCACAGGAUCAGUUUUGCUGCCUUUUUUGUGGUGCUUCUUCACUUUGGACAAGUCUUGUGGUAGGUGAAUGGAUUUUCUAGAAGCUUAGGACAAAGAGUUGCACUCGGCAGCACAAUCAGAGGAUUCUAUUGGGGAUUUAGGGUAAAUGGCAAGCUUGGUCACUAGAAUAACUAUAUAAAAAACUACUUUCGCACUUUCGCCACU